GCCAAAACAUCAACACGUUACGUUCGCGAGCGUCGACAAUGCGCGCGACAAAAACACAGAAACGUGGAGUUUUUUUUUUUAAUGAACAUUAGCCAAAAAAAGAGAGGAGGCGACACACACGCAGCUCGUUUUAAAUAUAUAUGUGUGUGACAGGCUGGUAGCUGGAGCUUCUUCCUUAACAGAUUAUACUUUAUUACUAAAGUUUUUUUAGGCCUCAAAGUGCCGUUAGCGUUGUAGCAUAGCCUACAAAACAGCUGCUCCUCUGUCGCUUUGUGGAAAUAAACAGUCAAACUAGUGAGCGGGUUUAGUCGCAGUAGUCAAAGUAAACACCACCAUAGACACUAUCAGGGAACACGUUGUUACGAUCAGCACAGGGAACUUAAACACUCCGCGGAUGACUGAAAGCUGAAGGCCUGCUGCUCUUGUGCUAACGGCUAUCGAAGCGAGCUAACGGACACUGAAGCGAGCUAACGGCUAUCGAAGCGAGCUAACGGCUACCGAAGCGAGCUAACGGCUACCGAAGCGAGCUAACUGCUACUGAAGCGACUUAACGGCUACCGAAGCGAGCUAACGGUUACUGAGGCGAGCUAAGGGCUACCGAAGCGACUUAACGGCUACCGAAGCGAGCUAACGGUUACCGAAGCGACUUAACGGCUACCGAAGCGAGCUAACGGCUACCGACGCGAGCUAACUGCCACUGAAGCGACUGACUCUUUUUCUCUGGCGUAAAAGAUGUUUGGUUCUUCGAGAUCUGGAGGGGUCAGGGGGGGACAGGACCAGUUCAACUGGGAUGACGUGAAAGGAGAUAAACACAGAGAAAACUAUCUCGGGAACUCUUUGAUGGCCCCAGUAGGACGAUGGCAAAAAGGCAAAGAUCUGACAUGGUACGCAAGAGAUAAAAAAGGCAGCAGACCUCUGACCAAAGAAGAAGAACUUGCCGCCGUGAAGGCUGCAGAGCACGAAGCACUAAUGGCUGCCCUAGGGCACAAGAAUAUAAAGAGGCAACCCACCGGUCUGACCAAAGAGGACCUUGCAGAUGUUUGCAGGAGGGAAGAGGCUGAUGGCGAAGAGAGAAAUGUGGACCGUGUCUCAGGCUUGGGAAGCUCCAGUGUAGGGUCAAGGAAAAUGGUGCUGUCCCAAAAGGAAAAGGAGGCAGCUAAAAUAGGAUUGCCUGUUUUCACACACCACAAAACAGAGGCUCGUUCCGAAACCCUAACAACAAAGACAUCUCAGAGUGAAGAAAAAGGGGAUGUGGAACAACGACACGAGAGCAAAAAGAAAAAGAAAGAAAAAAAGAGCAAAAAGGAGAAAAAGAAGAAGGAAAAAAAGAAGAAAAGACAAAGACGAGACUCGUCAUCAUCAUCAGAGUCAGAUGACGACAGAAAGAGGCAGAGAAAGGACCACCAUCAUCAUAAUCCAUCAUACCAUAGUCAGAGUGGAGCCAGACCCCGUGACAGCCAUUCAAGGGGGGGUGCAAAGGCCGAGCGACAGCCCUCCUACCCCCAUCACCGGCAGCAGCGACAUGACACAGACUCCUCUGAUGGGGGGUCUCCUGUCCCCCGUAACCCUGUCAGCCACAAGACGGCCCCUGCUGGUGCCACACAAAGCCACAGGCGGCGCCACGACACAGACUCGGACGACUAAUGUCCUCCCCACCCCACCCCCAAUUCAAAGACUUAUAACACAGACAGAACGCUCUACAGCAGCUUGACUGCCCCUGAAGACCUCAUUUACCCUGAACGGCCAAACGGACCGUGGAUGGAGGCGGCUCGACGUGUCUAACAGGCCUUGUGUUUUAACUUCUUUACCCAGUAUGUUGGUCAGUUGGGAUACUCUGUGAUUUUGAAUAAUUUUUUUUUCAUUCAUAUUUUCUGUAUUGUCACACAUUCUGAUCUGUUUUUAUCUCAAUAAUUAAAGUUACAGUGUGUAGGAUUUUGUGGCAUCUAGCGGCAAGGUUGCGGAUUGCGACCAGCUCAGUACUGCUUGCUUCACCUUCCCCUGUUGAAGCACGUAAAACCUACAGUGGCCAUGAAAGGCCCUAUCUAGAGCCAGAGUUUGGUAGAAAUGUGGGAGAGGCUCAUUCUAAGCUAAUAAAAACACGACUGAAUAAUGAAUUAUGAACAUUUAAUUUAAUUUCUACCAAUAGAGCCUCCUAAAUGUUACACACUGGACAUUUUAAAAUAUGCAGGAUAAAACAUUUCGCCCUGGUGGAUGUUAAUGUUUGGGAAAUCUUCAGUAAAAGAUCUUAAAAUCUGA